AUGCAGCUGCCAGGCUUCCUGUUCACGUUGCUUCUGCUCGCCGCCGCCAGCCUGUCCAAAGCAGAGGAUUUUCUCUAUGCUGGAGCAACGACUUUGGCGCCAACUCCUGCUGGGAAGGAGUCACAGACGCAUUUCGAGAACACGCUGCCAGCAGCGAAGUUCGUGUCCGCUGGUGAGGCAGUGCCGCGAGGUGCCCCACCCAGUUCGAACGUGCGAGGUGUGAAAGUGGCCGCAGCACUGGCUGUCCAGUCCGGCAGCUCCAAUACUUCUGCGACACCAGCGGCAACAGCAACCACUCCUCCACCAGCUGCCACGGCUACAACACCUCCUGCGCAGAUCUCUGCAGUAGCGCCGGGGCCCAAUAACAAGACAGCGAAACAAGUGCAGGAGACUGCCUCGGUGGUGCCAGUGCACAGCGCCCAAGCACCCAGUGGUAAGUUAAAAGCCAGACCUGCUGCAGAUCCAGGCGCGCACUCGGUCAGCGGCACGCCAGUCUCUCCUCCACCACCUGUGCAAGCUGCCACCGCGCAGCCAGCGCAAACUGCCAUGGCACAGGCUCCACAAACCAGCGCACCUCCUCUGGAGACAGCCAGUGAAAAGCCCAUCCCUGCACAACUCCCCAAAUCAGAGCUGGUUUCAGCAGCACCUCGAGCGCCUCCUAGUGCUCAAGAAGGGCGGGCGGUCGAUGGCACAUCUGCUACAUCUGCCACGCCGGCUUCACCAAUCCCAAAGCUUCCAGGGAAUCCGGCCCUGAGCACGAAGCCCUCGCUGCAAGCGGCUGGAGCUGCGGGAGGGAGCCCGACCCAUCUGCAGCCAGCUGCACCAACGAUGACGUCUGCAGGCGCUGCAAACGCCACCCAGGCCAUCGCUGACCUGCCUGCCG